AUAAAAGUUUCAUAUUUAUUUAGAAAUCAAUAUAUUCAUACUGCUGCUAAAUCCUUGUGAUACUAAUUACCAAAUUCCUAGUAUUAUAAUUCAAAUUUUUGGCGAUAAAACACUCAAAAUGUCCCAGGAAGAAUUAAAUGCAAGAACCUUAACAAACAAUGGAGGAAGUCCUAUGGAAAGUGAUACCUUACCCACCAUAAGCGACGACAAAAAGCCGAAAGAUCUCACUUGUAAGCGUCUGUUGGCCCUGGUAAACCAGCUCUAUGACCAGGAAAAGCAGAUGUGCAUGUCCCUAAAGGAGCAGCGCAGAAAGCUCAAUGAAUAUAUGAAUUUGAAUAUCCACAUUCAGGACAGCGAUGAAAGCCAGGACGAUGACGAGAAUGAGGACGGAGUCGAGAAAGGUGAUAGUGAUAGUGAUUCUGAUUCCAAUUCUGAUUUGGAUAGCGAGUCCGACGAUGACUCCGAUUCCGAUGAAACGGAAUUAAGCAGUGACGAAGAGGAUUCUGAUUCGGAAUCCACUGCAGAGGAGCAAGAGUCCUCCGAAAGCGACAUUAUUGCCGUAAAUAUGAAGUCCACUCCAUCCUCUCCAAAAGCUCCUUCCACGCUCAGGAAAACCAUUGUGAAUCAGAGUGCUCUCAGCGUAGAGGUGGAUUCGGAGCUGAAAACCAGCAAAUGUCCUGCCCUUAAAGUGGCAGCUCCCAUGUCUUGUUCCGCCUCCUCUUCUCAGUCUGCACCCCGCAUUCAGCGACGAACCACCAUGGCGGGAAGCUAAAACCCGCUCAGAAUUGAUCAGAGAUACUGCAUAUAUUCCUGGGAAUGCUUAAAUUUUGUAUUGUAUUUUUUUUUUUGUAUUUUUGCAACCCCCGAAUAUCUGUCCAAAUUACGAAAUAUAAAUAGUUAAC